AUGAAAUCGAUCUUCUCAUUCACCGUGGCCGCGUAUCGGCAUUUCAGCACCCAAUCAGCCUUCUUCCAGAAGAAGCCUUCUAAGUUCCCUUUCUUCAAGAGUAAGAAAAAGCACGGCGGGCCUAAACCCCUUCCCAAGCCCAAAAUCAAGUGGACCGACGAGCAGCAACGGGUCGUGGACGCCGUCUGCGCCGGCCACUCCGUAUUCAUCACUGGCUCCGCCGGCACCGGGAAAACCUUCCUUCUCGAGCACGUCAUAAAGAAGCUCCGUAAAAUCCACGGCCGCUCUAAAGUCUACGUCACGGCCCCUACCGGAGUGGCCGCCUGUGCCCUCAAGGGCCAAACCCUCCACUCUUUCGCUGGCGUCGGCCUCGGGGAACUCGACUGCCACAGCCUCCUCGAGAGGGUUCUUUUGGACAAGGGUGCCUGCUACAGGUGGCGAAAGGUCAAGGCUCUGAUCAUAGACGAGACGAGUAUGGUAGACCCCAACCUUUUUGACAGCCUCGAGCACAUGGCCCGAGCUAUCAGAUCCGCUGACGAUCCAGAUGUUGAAGACCAGAUUUGGGGCGGGAUUCAGCUUAUCGUGAGUGGGGACUUUUUCCAGCUGCCCCCGGUUUCGAAGAAGAAGAAGAAGGGAGCCAAGGAGUACGCAUUUGAGGCAGAUUGCUGGAGCUCGAGUUUCGAUUUGCAGAUUGAGCUGACAAAAGUGUUCAGGCAGUCUGACUCCCUGCUAAUCCAGCUGUUGCAGGGCAUUAGGAAGGGGGAGACUAAUCUUGAUGACCUGAAGCUUCUAGAAGGUUGCUGCUCGGGUUACGAGCCUGAUCCUGAAGCUGUUCGUCUCUACCCGAGGAUUGCUGACGUGAGCAAGGUGAAUAAGGAGAAGCUAGAGAAGCUGGGGAAGGAGGUUUAUGUGUACAGAGCUCAGGACGUUGGGGAAGAGAAGUGGAUGAGGCAGCUGAGGAGCGGGAUUGCGCCUGAUGAGCUUGAGCUCUGUGUUGGAGCUCGAGUUAUGCUGGUAAAGAACGUGAACCCUUGGAAGAAGCUUGUGAAUGGGGCCACAGGUACAGUUUUGGAGCUUUGCAGAGUUUCUGAGAAGGAGUACAAAUUGGGGGAGAUGUGUGAGCAGGGCUGUGUGCUGCCGCUCGUGAAAUUUGAUUCUGGGCUUGAGUUAGUUGUGGAGCCUGAGAUGUGGGUUGUGAUGGAAGGGGAUAAGGUUGUGGCCACGCGGAGGCAAAUCCCGCUUAUCUUGUCGUGGGCUUUGAGUAUUCAUAAAUGUCAAGGGAUGACGCUCGACAAGCUCCACACGGAUUUGUCGAGGGUUUUUGAUUUCGGGAUGGUGUAUGUGGCGCUUUCCCGUGUGAGGAGUUUGGGUGGGCUGUACUUGUCUGGUCUCGACCCUUCGAAAAUCAAGGCGCAUCCCAAGGUGCUGGAUUUCUAUAAUGGGUUUGUGAGCAGGCAAGUUGAGAGUGAGAGCGAGAAUGAAGAGUCGGAUGAUGGUGGUUCCGGUUACUUGACAGAGUAA